CUUCCAUCAACUUUUCGGACCAGCCAAUAGCCGCUUUCCUUACUGAGGAGUUGGCGGCCCUGCUGUGGACUUUGCACUGCCGUGAACUCGACGCCUAAUGAAGGCGAAUGGACGCUGCUGACCGUGGAGCUCGACAUGGAACAAUCCCGAUCGUCGACUUCGACGCCUACAGACUCGGGGGCGCCGACGACGCCGUUCCCGGAGAGCGGCUGCAGGAGCUCCGUGAGGAGGUGCGGAGGGCCUUCACUGAAGUGGGCUUUGUUUACCUGAAGAACACCGGAAUAGAGCAGGACGAGGUGGAUCAUGUCAUGGCUGUUUCUAAGAAGUUCUUUCAGCUUCCUGCAGAGGAGAAAAGACCCUUCAGUCGUGGCAGCUAUUCAAACAGCGUGAAUCAUGGCUGGGUCUCCUUAGAGAGAGAAAGUUUGAAUCCUCGACGUCCCGGAGAUUUGAAGGAAGCCUUUAACACGACUUCUCUGCGUGAAGAUAUUGAAUGGCCUUCAGAUGGUGUUGAUGACUUUCGGGCCACCCUGGUGACCUUCUACAAACGCUGUAUGAAGCUCUCGCUCCGAGUGCUCCGAGUGAUGGCGCUCAGUCUCGGCAUAGACCCUGAUGUGUUUCUCAAAGCGCACAGGCAGAUUGGAUGUGAAGAGAAUGGCAGUACCCUGCGUUCUCUGUAUUACCCUCCAGUAAAGAGUGAGAGAGUGAAGGAAGAUCAGAUCCGCUGUGGGGAGCACUCUGACUAUGGCAGCAUCACUCUUCUCUUCCAAAGCCGCGAGGGCGGCCUGCAGGUCCUGAACCGUAAAGGGAAGUUUAUCUCCGCUCCAAGCAUUUCUGGAACUGUUCUGGUCAACAUCGCAGACUUGAUGCAGAGAUGGACCAGUGAUGUGUUUGUAUCUGCUAUCCAUAGAGUUCUGCUGCCCCCUGGUGGUGAUUCAAGAACACGACAGAGUUUGGCCUUCUUUGUGCAGCCGGAUGAUAACGUCAUGAUAACUUGUGUUGAUGAAUCGAACAAAUAUCCUCCAGUCAAGUGUGUGGAUUAUCUUCAGUCGAGAUUCAGUGACACAUAUGGCAGAAACUAGUGUCUGCUGAACCACAGCUGGAACAGCUGGACUUUUACCAUUAACAUUGUGUUAAAAGAAAUGGUUAAAUAGUUUGAUCAGCAUCAUCAAACGCUCUUUUAGUUAGUUAUUACUAUUAAGCCCAUCAUGGACUUAGUAACUUCUUAACUAAUAGCGUGAUAUGAUUUGAGUUUGUAUUACAGUGCCUAAUUUGCACUGGAAUGAAAGGAUGAUGUAAUCAAACUGGUUUGAAUAGUUCUUUAGCUUUUGUGUCUCUUGAAAUGAGGACGCAUUUGUCCUCCAACCUUUCCUACCAGACAUACCAGCCGUCUUAAAUUAGCUGCCUAUGCUAUGACACUUCUUGGGCACAAGUCUCAGUCUGUAGGAUUUAUGCAAAUGAGCUUAUCUUGGCUAAGUUUACCUCAGUAUCUCAGGAUUAUACAAGAAAUAGUGUUACUAGAUGUUAUUAAUCAUUUAUGUUAUGGUACAUGAGUUGGAAAUCUUCAAAGGCUUUUAGCCUGAUGUCAUUAAGAGCAACACUAUCUUUUUUGACUUAUUCUCACCGAUAACACUGUGUCCGGUUCUGUGCCCGUCUACCAGCUAUUUUAGCAGACUUACUGGACCCACUCAGGGUCAUUGAAGCUGGCAGUGCUUAAAUGGCCUGUGCUGAUUGAUGUUAUCAAAUGUUCUUGUUUUAGUCAUCAGUACUAAAUUUUGAUGCACUUUAAGAAUCAGUCAGAGAGAGAACGAUAUCGCUGGUUUUAAUAUUGCAAAUAAGAAGUUAUGUGUUUGAUUGAUUGUGGGGAUCUCUCUCUCUCUGUCUCUCUCUCUGUCUCUGUCUGUCUCUCUCUCUCUCUCUCUCUCUGUCUCUCUCUCUCUCUCUCUCUCUGUCUGUCUCUC